CUUAACCCUCUCCAUCUCCGGGGCCAUUUGAGGAAGUAGGAGAUCGGGCCUGAGAGAUUUCUCCGAUCGAUCUCCCUCUCUCCUCAGGCUCAAUCCCCCAGCGAGCCUAACUUGCUUUCUAUUUCCAUGAAACCUCCAUCAAUUUCCAUCGUCAUUUAUUCUUCAAACAAACCAUAAAAUAUAGUAAUAAAUUAAAUUAAUCUAUCGAAUAAUAUAUAUCCAUUAGUAUAUGCCGUUGCGGAAUUGAACUCAGUCUGGGAUAUUAUUUCUUCGAUUUCAAUCCAGAGUUGUGAUCAUGCCUGCGUGUGAUCAGCUCUGCAUUUUUUGCCCGGCGAUGCGGCCGCGGUCUCGGCAUCCAUUGAAGCGCUACAAGAAGAUGCUCGCCGACAUCUUUCCUCGCUCUCCGGAUCAGCCACCGAAUGAUAGAAUGAUCAACAAAUUAUGCGAAUACGCUUCCAAGAAUCCGCUUCGUAUUCCUAGGAUCACGGCUUCUCUUGAUCAAAAGUGCUACAGAGAAUUAAGGAAUGAGAACAUUGCAUCUGUCAAGAUUGUCAUGUACAUCUACCGAAGGUUGCUCACAUCUUGCAAGCAGCAAAUGCCAAUGUUUGCAGGAAGCUUUCUGAGCUUAGUGCACAUCCUGUUGGAUCAAGUAAGGCACGACGAGAUGCGAAUUGUGGGAUGCGAAGCGUUGUUCGACUUCGUGAACAGUCAGGCUGAUGCAACAUAUAUGUUUAACUUGGAAGGGUUGAUCCCAAAAGUGUGUGUUGUUGGUCAAGAAAUGGGAGAUGAAGAAAGAGUUCUUAAACUGCGCUGUGCGGGCCUUCAAGCCCUCUCUUCCAUGAUUUGGUUCAUGGGUGAAUUUGGUCAAAUGUCUGCAGAAUUUGACAAUGUUGUGUCUGUUGUCUUGGAAAACUGCGAGGCGUCGGACGAGAAAAUUGAAAGCAUUUUGAAUGAGAACCAAGAUGCACAAGCCGAGCAGGAAGCUGUAGAACAAGCUUCUGCUGAUGCACUGAAAAGAGCUACUUCUUGGAGGACCAUUGUGACAGAUAGAGGCCUAAACGUGUCAGCGGAGGAUGCCAUGAAACCUCAAUUCUGGUCUAAGGUGUGCUUGCAUAACAUGGCUAAGUUAGCCAAGGAAGCAACAACUGUGCGGCGUGUGCUCGAGUCCUUGUUCCGUUACUUUGACAGCAGCAAUCUAUGGUCACCUCAGCAUGGAGUUGCCCUCACUGUUUUGCUGGACAUGCAGUGCAUUAUGGAGAACUCUGGGCACAAUACACAUUUCUUGCUUUGCACACUGAUUAAGCACCUGGAUCACAAGAAUGUCCUGAAGGAACCUGAGAUGCAGAUAGAUAUAAUUGAAGUAGCCACAGCCCUUGCCCGCGUGACCAAGGUGGAGCCAUCUGUGACCAUUGUGGGUGCAUUUAGUGACAUGAUGAGACACCUGAGGAAGAGCAUACACUGCUCCCUUGAUGACUCAGAUCUCGGGGAAGAAGUGAUCGAUUGGAACAAACGAUACCGGGCUGCUGUUGAUGAAUGCCUUGUCCAGUUAUCUCACAAGGUCGGAGAUGCUGCACCAAUUCUUGAAGUGGUUGCGGUGAUGUUGGAAAGCAUCUCGAGUGUAACAAUCAUGGCCAGGAAUACAAUGAACACAGUAUACCGCACCGCUCAGAUUGUGGCUGCCUUGCCCAAUUCGGCCUAUCAAAACAAGGCUUUCCCUGAGGCACUGUUCCACCAAAUCCUUCUAGCCAUGGUGUCUCCAGACAACGAGACGAGGCUCGGGGCUCACCGUGUUUUCUCCGUGGUACUCGUUCCAUCCUCGGUUUGCCCCCGUCAAGCCCCUGCAGGUGGUGCACUCUCCAAACGAAAGUCCAUUCAGAGAACUCUGUCCAGAACUGUUUCAGUGUUUUCCUCCUCAGCUGCUUUGUUUGAUAAGUUGGGUAAAAAUCAAAGCUCUGGAAAAGAUGGUAUGGAUCAGAACACCCAAAACAUGCUCAAUCGCCUCACAUCGACCUAUAGUCGAUCAUUAAGCGUUAAACCGGGAAGCGAAGAGACACCUAAUAAUGGGGAAAACCCGCAGGAGCAUCAUGAAGGCCUUUCUCUGAAGAUGAAGAGCAGGCAAAUUAGCAUGCUUCUUUCCUCCAUAUUUGUGCAGGCCAUCUCUCAUUUAAAUACGCCUGAGCAUUUCGAAGCAAUCGCUCAUACUUACAGCUUGUUGAUGCUGUUUUCUCGAACUAAGAAAUCCAGCCAUGAGUCUCUGAUUAGAGGCUUCCAGCUUGCAUUUUCAUUGAGGAGCAUUUCACUUAGUGAGCAAGCAAAAAUGCCACCAUCACGCCGCAGAUCACUCUUUGCCUUGGCAACAUCCAUGAUAAUUUUCCUGUCAAAAACCUACAGCUUUAUCCCUCUUGCUGUUUCUGCUAAGGCUUUGUUGACAGACAAAACAAUGGACCCUUUCCUGCAGUUGGUGGAUGAGUGCCACCUCAAGGUAAACCCUAACCCUAAGGCGAGAGCUUCUUACGGAUCAAAGGAGGAUGAUGAAGCUGCUAAGAGAUCUCUGUCAGGAAUAGAGAUAUCAAAGAAGCAAUCAACAGAAUCUUUUGCUUCAAUGAUAGUUGAGAGCUUGAAGAAGUCAAUCACUGAUAAGACUAAUCUCAUCAAAGAGCAGUUGCUUCAAGAUUUCCUUCCUGAUGAGGUUUGUCCAAUGGGAACACAACGAAUCAAUGACCUGAGAAACCAUAACCAAUCUGAUGACAAAACUAAUGACGAGGUUGUAGAUCCUACUUUCACAGUAGAUGACCUUGGCAGUCAUUCCGAUCCAAACGCACAUCCUGAUUCCACACCUAACCUCCUUGAUGUCAACGAGUUCCUAGAUUCGGUGUUGGAAACAUCAAACCAAGUAGGACGACAAUCGGCCGCGCCACCUGCUGGCAUGACGUUCAUGGAUGUGGCUAGCCAGUGCGAGGCUUUCCAAGAAGGAAAGGGAAAUCGGAUGAACUUCCGUGAAGACGGAAACGAUGAACCGGAUUUCAAUUUCUCCGAAGAAACUAUCUGGCAGCCGCCGAGUGGGAACCCCUUCGCCGACAAUAAUACUGCGGCGGCGGGGCAACCAGUGAACGCCGCUGCUCCGGCGUCGUGUGCGACGGAAUACCAGCGCCAUCCCAGCUUCAUGCAGCUGCCAGCUUCGAGUCCGUACGAUAAUUUCUUGAAGGCCGCCGGGAGCUAAAGCUAAUCAAUGCAUCUGAGCUUCAUUGGGUGCUAAGAUUUGCUAGCAGUUUUUUUUAUUAAUUUCUUGGGAAUCUGUAAUCAAGAUCCAUUUUUGUACCUUUUUUUUUGUUUUGUUUUGUUUUGUUCAUUGAUAAGCUUAAAAACUGCAUCUGAUACAAGACCAUUUUAUGAUGAAAUGUAAUUAAAAAAAAUGGCCUUUU